UUCAAACACCUUUUUGGCCGUGCACGUGAGACGAUUAAUUCGUCAAUUAAAGGUAAUUACUUGCGCUAAUUCCCACUCAGUCGUGUUUCUACAGACCGAGAGUGAACUUCGCAGAAAAUCUGGUGCGAUCAGUCAAUGGAGUUUCUGUGAGAUUGUUUUUUUUUUUUAUCAACCUGCCGCGAUAUGAGCCGUGAUAAUAUAAUUGCAGCUGAGGAGGACUUCUUGGAGGAUCCUGAUUUGAGGCACCGGGAAAAAUGGCCAAAUAUCCCAGAAAUAUUGAGUCGGAAGGCCAGGAAGGUGUGCCGGGUGCAGACAAUCACAAAUAGACUUCCAGUCCUUCAGUGGAUUCCUCAGUACAAAAGGCAAUACUUCUUCCCAGACAUUGUGGCAGGCAUUACAGUGGCUCUCACGGCCAUUCCACAGGGUAUCGCCUAUGCUGUGGUGGCUGGACUUGAGCCUCAGCACGGUUUGUAUUCUGAACUUGUGCCCAGUUUCGUGUACUUUGUCCUGGGCAGUUGCAAGGAUAUCACAAUCGGUCCUACGGCCAUCAUGGCCCUCCUUGUUCAAUCCCACGCUCUCAAGUCUCCGGAUUUGGCAUUCCUGGCAGCCUUCCUAACCGGACUGAUUAUUCUGGCCAUGGCAAUCCUCAAUCUAGGCUUCCUAGUCCAAUUCAUUUCCAUUCCCGUAACUGUGGGAUUCUGCACUGCUGCCGCCCUUACCAUAGCCAGUGCCCAGAUAAAAUCUCUUCUUGGGCUUCCUGGUCGAGGGAAUGAGUUCAUUGAGAGCUGGACGAGUGUGGUGGAGAAUAUCCAAGAGAUUAAGCUCUGGGACACAGUUCUUGGUGUCUCAUCGAUAAUCUUGCUUGUGUCUUUAAAGAAAAUGCAAGACAUCCCGAAGGGGAAAGUCUUCUUUAAGUACCUGUCCAUAUCCCGGAAUGCAAUUGCAGUUAUUCUGGGAACUGUUCUGGCAUUCCUCCUGCAGGAAUACACAGGAGAAGUUCCAUUUGCUCUAACUGGCUCUGUAGCAGCAGGAUUUCCUCCAUUUGCUCCUCCUCCCUUCAGUACAACCAUUGGGAAUUCCACUCUCAACUUUCAGGAGAUGAUUGCUGAACUAGGCACCUCAAUCAUAUCCAUUCCUGUGAUUUCUGUCCUUGAGAUUGUGGCCGUAGCGAAGGCUUUCUCUCUGGGAAAAACUGUCGAUGCCACCCAGGAGAUGAUUGCACUGGGGUUCAGCAAUAUUCUGGCAUCUUUUGUGGCUUCUAUCCCCCUCUCGGGAUCAUUUACACGGAGUGCAUUGAACAAUGCCUGUGGAGUUUGUACAACAGGAGGAGGCAUCCUGACGGGAAUCCUUGUACUCUUGGCCAUUGGAUUCCUCACUACAACCUUCUACUACAUCCCUAAGGCUUCCCUAGCGGCUGUGAUAAUGGUAGCCAUGUACUUUAUGGUUGAUUUCGAAGCCAUCAAAGAGAUCUGGAGAACGAAGAGAGUCGAUAUCAUCCCUUUUGCCAUCACUCUGAUUGCCUGUCUGGCUCUAGGAGUGGAUUUGGGCAUAGUUGUGGGCAUUGGCAGCAAUUUAAUCUUCAUCAUCUACGACACAGCUCGACCAAGGAUCCAGUUCAAGUGGCUCAAAGUGGAUAACGAUGAGAUUCUAGUUGUGACACCCAAUCAGAGUCUCAUCUUUUCGUCCGCUGAACACUUCAAGAACCGCCUGAUGAAAAAAGUAAUAGCCCAAUCUAAUCCCAAUCUCCUCGUUGUCAUCGAUGGGCACUUUGUACAGAAGAUAGACACCACGGCGGCAUCAAAUAUUUACUCGGCCGUUCGCAGCCUCAGGGAUCUGUGCAGAGGAAUGAUCUUCUGGAACUGGAGUGGACAGGCUCAGGGUGCCGCCUGGCGACUCAAUAGUCAAUUUGGGACGCUAUUUCGCGAUGCCACCAGCCUAGAAGAGUUACUUCGUGCGGUAAAAUAGCCACUUUUUUCCCUUUUUCCUGAUCUUUGAUCUUCUUUUUUUUCUAUCUUGCUCUAUAUUCCCACACAAUUAUUCUUUUCCAAACUGUAAUUAAACUUAUUUUGUAAGAGAUAAAAUGAGGCAAAAAAAUUGGCACCUGA